UAAUCUUGAGCCGUCUAGAUCUUCCUUAUUUACUCCAUAUCCAUUGAAGAUUUCACUUAGUCCACAGGAAGCAAUGUCGACCAGCACAAGCACCAGCAAUCUCCAUGCAGCUCUGCAUACAAUCAGGUCAGCAGCUAACACCAACCUGCAGAAUGUUUCCUUCUACCAAUCUACGCCCAGUUCAAGCUCUUCCCUGCUGACAGAGAGCUCAAUGAGCAUCAACAUCUCCACAGAUAGAGAAGGUGUUCAAUUUUUCUGUGCGAUAUUGGACGAGAUGAUGGCACAAGGAGGUAAUCUGAAGAACCUCAUGAACUUGUCGUUUCAUGGUGUACAGUGGGAGCAAAGGCAAUUGCAAAGCCUGUGUUCAUUUCUCGCUACCAACUCGAGCAUUAAACACUUUGAACUCGAGAGAUGCAUGUUUGAGAAAGAAGGCUUGCAAGAACUAUCAGGUGUGUUCGAAAGGAAUGUAGGAAUUAAAGCAGCUGUGUUCUCGGAGUGCCAUAUCGAAUCGACUGGUGCGAGGUUUCUCUCCUUGGCAUUGGGAAAAAAUGAUACACUGGAAGAACUACAGAUAUGGGAGGACUCAGUCGGUUCAAAGGGAGCUGAAGACCUUGCAAGAAUGAUUGAGGUGAAUCCAACACUCAAGUUGCUAAUUGUAUUUGACAAGGAAUUUUUUACUGCAACACCACUGAUCUCUGCAAUACUAGCAAGGAAUCGAAAUCUGGAAGUUCACAUAUGGAGUAGAGAUAAUAGUGAGAGGAGCUCCAAAGUCGUCGAGUUCACCCCUGAAAGCAACACCCUCAGGAUCUAUAAGCUCAAUGCUUCAGGUUCCCAGAGAGUGGUCUGUGCAUUGGCAUGGAACACCACUGUUAGGACCUUAGACAUGACGGGAAUCAAGCUGAAAACAAGGUGGGCUAGGGAAUUCAGAGUAUCCCUGGAACAAAACCAAACCCUGAAGGACGUCAAGUUAUCGAGAGCUGGCCUUCGAGACAAGGCAGUUGUUUACAUAGCUGCUGGGCUUUUUGUGAACCAGAAGUUAGAAAAUUUGCAGCUAGAUCAGAAUCGGUUUACUGGAGUUGGGGUGGAUCACUUGCUUUGUCCAUUAAGCAGAUUCUCUCCAGUGCAAAAGCAAGCAAACACCUCUCUGAAGUCAUUGAUUUUGGGGGGUGGAAAAACAAAAAUAGGGAAAGAUGGUCUGAUAGCAAUACUGAGAAUGUUGGAGACAAACCAGACAGUGACGCGAUUCAGUAUCAGUGGUGAUACGAGUAUGAAGCCAGAUGAUAUCAUAAAAAUCUUCAGGGCCUUGGAAAGGAAUGCAACUUUACGAUGCAUAUCGUUGGAGGGAUGCGUAGGUGUUCAAGGGGAUAUGGUGUUGCAGACCAUCAUGGAAACCUUGCAGACUAACCCAUGGAUUGAAGAAAUUGAUCUUGCUAGAACUCCUCUGCAAAUUUCCGGAAAGACAGACAAGAUUUACGAGAAGCUAGGACAGAAUGGUGGCAUUGUGCCAGAGGAUGACUUUGGUACUGAUUUACCACUUACUUCACCCAGGUGCUGCAGAAUUUUCUUCUGUGGGCAAGAAUAUGCUGGAAAAAACACUCUGUCUAACUCCAUUUUCCACAGCAUGAACACAAAGUUGCCUUAUGCAGAUCAUAUGAGAACUCUGGUGAUUUCUGUCGAGCAGAUUAUGCGAAGAACCAAUGUCAAGAUAAAGAUUGUAUAUGAUGGUGACAUAAAAAUCUCAAUCUGGAAUUUUGGUGGCCAACAUGAAAAUUUUGAGCUACAUGACCUCAUUUUUCCAAGCUAUGGAAGCCCAUCUUUCUUCCUGAUAGUAUCCAGUUUGUUUCGAAAUCAUCCAAGCAAAGAACUGAAGAGCCCUGAUGAGAUUGAAGAUGAUAUUCUGUAUUGGAUCAAGUUCAUAGUUUCUAACUCUAGAAGAGGAUCAUCGCAGUUAAUGCUCCCGUAUAUCUUGAUAGUUCUCACUCACUGGGAUAGAGUUUCCCCACAAUCCAAUGUCCUGCAGACAACUGCAAUUUCCAUCCAAAGGCUCAGGGAGAGAUUCCAAGGUUUUGUCGAUAUCUAUCCUACAGUUUUUAUGGUGGAUGCAAGAUCAUCGAUGUCAGUAAGUAAACUUGCACGGCAUUUGCGAAAAACUAGUGAAACCAUUCUCCAAAGAGUUCCCCAAGUUUUUGAGUUGUGCAAUGAAAUGGCAAAAAUCUUAUCUGAGUGGAGGUCUGCAAAUGCAAACAAACCAGUAAUGAAAUGGAAGGAAUUUUGUGAGUUGUGCCAGCUUAAGGUCUCGCCACUAAGAUUACGGUCAAGGUUCAACAAUGUCGAUAGGUUGGAAAAGCGAAGGUGUGCAGUUGCAAAUUCUUUGCACCUCAUUGGGGAGGUGAUCUUCUUUGAAGACCUCAGGCUUCUGAUAUUAGACUGUGAAUGGUUUUGGGGUGAGGUUCUCAAUUUGCUUGUGAGACUAGAUGUAUCAAAAGCCGAAAGACGAGAGAAAGAUGGUUUUAUGAGUAGGAGAGAGUUGGAGAGGAUUGUAAGAAGAACAAUGCAAAAUCAGAAUUCUUGGAUGGGCGCAAAUGUGUACGAUAACUUGGAAGCUACCGAUCUGAUAAAGAUAAUGCUAAAGUUAGAACUAUGUUAUGAAAAAGAUCCUGGUGAUUCAGAAGCUCUUCUUUUAGUUCCAUCACUUCUUGAAGAAGGAAGAGGGGGACUACAAAAAUGGCAAGUAAACACAAGUGAGUGUGUUUAUGUUGGAAGGAAGAUGGAAUGCGAUCAUUCGCAUAUGUUUCUAACAAAAGGUUUCUUUCCAAGACUACAGGUGCACCUUUAUAACGAAUUAUUGAGGUUGAAGAGCCAACAAGGAGCAGUUUACAGGCUAGAGAAAAACCUCAUUGACAUUUACAUCAAUGGAGUUCACAUUCAGAUUGAAGCUGGUGGCCAACUGAGUUCUUAUGUUGAUGUCAUUGCUUGUUCUACAAAGAGCAUUACUGAGACUGUGAGACUAUUUCACCAGUUCAUAAUCCCCGCAAUCCAAAGCAUAGCCCUCAGCAUCACUUUCACUGAGAAAAUAAUAAGACCAGACUGCGUCAAACAUCGAGUUCCAUCUAGAUUGAGAACUACUCAGUGUGUGCCUCUUCAACAGAUAAAGCAGGCUCUACUGUCAAUGCCCGCAGAUAGCAUGUAUGAUUACCAGCACACUUGGAGUUCACUUGUAAGCGAUAACAAAAUCAUCUUACAGUCAGGUUCUGAUUAUGCAAGAGAACUACUUUCUGAUGAGGACUUCCGAGAAGUGCUACAUCGAAGGUACUAUGACCUGCAUCAUGUUGCUGCUGAACUUGCUGUGCCAACUGAUAACCCACAGGAAUCUCCACAAGUAGAUGCAAAUGAGACUCAAUACACGGUCGAACCUUCUAUAACUGGCAUCGCAAAGGGUGUAGAAGUAGUCCUGCAGAGACUUAAAAUUCUUGAACAAGAGAUUAAGGAUCUGAAGCAGGAGAUUCAAGGACUCAGAUACUAUGAACACCAGAUCCUAAUUGAACUUCACAGAAAAGUAGACUAUAUCAUCAACUUCAACAUCGACAUGGAGGAAAGAAAGGUGCCACGGUUGUUCUAUUUUGUACAAAUACAGAACAAUGCCAGAAGACUCAUCACUGGUCUAGUUCCCGGAAUGACUGCCCUUCGUCUGCAUAUGUUGUGCGAGUAUCGGAGAGAAAUGCAUGUCGUGGAUGAUCAAAUAGGGUGUGAACUAAUGCAAAUGGACAACCAAGCAAUCAAGAGCCUGCUACCUUACAUGGCUGGCCUGAUGAAGCUCCUGACUUUUGCUCUCAAGAUAGGAGCCAGUGUUGUGGCAGGCAUGGGGCAUAUGAUACCUGAUUUGGCUCGGGAAUUCACGCACUUGAUGGAUUCCUCGCUUGUAUAUGGGACAGCAGCCAUGGCAGCCGGGGGGCUCUUUGGCUACAUGGUGACCGGACAAGCAGCAAGAAGAUUCAGAAACAGGAGUGGAGAAAGGAAUAUUGCGCAAGAGGUGGUUGGUGCUGAGCAGUGGCUAGUAGACUUCUUGAAAUCUCAAAAGAUCACAACUGGGAAGGACAUAGCAGAGAGGUUUGGAUUAUGGAGGGUGAGGUACAGGGACAGUGGAAGCAUUGCAUGGAUUUGCAGAAAACACAUGAUACUGAGAAAAUAUGAAGUAGCAGAAGUGCCAGUUUGAGAAUUGCCACACAGAGUUAAGGAUGAAAAAAGUAUUAGUUUCUUGUUUGUGUUUAUUAGAUGGUUAAACUUUUCUCUCCUCUUUCCUCUCUUCCAAGUAAAUAGGAAAACUUGAAGUUUUAUAUAUUUUGUCCUUUUCGCUCUACUUCUACCUGUUUUCAUCCAAAGCAAUAAUUGUAUAGGCAAGUAAACUGAAUGCGAUGAAGAAUAAAGGCAAAAUGCUCUAAGUACCUCGCAGAGCCCUCCUCACUGCUCAUCAUCUAUCGAUUCCACGCUGCACCAGCCAUGCGGGGCAGGACCUCGAUGGUUAUAGUUUCGUGGUACCUUGCGAAAGCUCCAGAAUGAUGAUUUUGUAUGUAUCUCACUAGAUUGUUAUAGUUCCUUUUCAACUAGGAGCUAUGUGAAUGAAACAAUUAGAUAAAAUUUAGU